AUGACGUCUAACGGCGACGGCCAGCGUCACGGCUUCCGUUAUGGUGCUCCUGCAGCCGUCGUUGACCCGCUGCUAUCGUUUCUCUUUGAUCUGCGGCGGAUGGAGGAUACCGUUCUAUCCACUCUCGAACACAUCGGAGUCCGGCGGCGCGACCUGCCUCGUCCUUUUGGGGGUGGUUCAUCCGCAUCCCCACCGCAAGUACCAGCCACCGCGGACGACGAUGUGGCAGUAUUUUUCGACGUGCCGUCGUUGCGGAUGCCAGCGUCUGACCCCAUCGGCGCCUAUGCCCACGAGAUCGCUGCAAACCGCUCUGAUGCGCGCGAUGUGAGCGUAGGGGGUGUGAUACACCAACUACUGAGCUGGCUAGACUCCCAGUCGUCUUCAUCUCAGUCGUCUCCAGUUUCAUCGAAGCAGCUCCUGACGAUUUUUGCGACGGCUACUGGAGCAGGGGCAGAUGUCUUCUUGCGCGACGCGGCCACACUCGAUGAUACCCACAUUGAACGUACAUUCCAGAGAGCCAAACCUGACAAGAGCGCGGCAUCACCAACACCCGAUGAGGAGACCCUUGCGUACGGCGAUGACAGCACGGCGCGCCUUGUCGGUACUCUCACCGCCGCCGAUAUCCACGCGGCGGUGCAGGAGUGGCGCGGGUACGAGAGACUUCUCAAAAGCAGUGUGGCGGAGAUGAAGGCAACAUUGGCGGCCGUGACCGCGGCGCGGCCGAGUAGCUCAUACAGCUGUCAUGCGAAGUGGGUCGAGCGUACCCGAAGUGGUGGAAAGUCAACGUCCGUGGUUCCAGCCAGCGCUGUGCUCAAGAGGAACUAUGAGGAGUUGAUCAGCCUCAACGACGCGCUGGCGACCUGCCAGGCUGCGGUGCACACCGCUUACGUGGCACUAGAGGACAAUCUGGACGUGCUGUUGGAGGAAGCACAGACGGUGGACCGACAGGAGCGGCUCUUUCAGCAUCACGUAUCCAUGGCGCGCCGCGAGUGCGCUGCGUUGCAUGCAUUACGCAGUCGUAUCAAGCAAGCUCGCAGAGCACUGCAGAGGUGUGUCUACAGUCAGCGCCGUAGGACUCAAGUGCAGCCUCGCUAG